UAUCCGAAAUAGUAGCGAGAAAAUGGCAGCUGCGCGCAAAAUCGUGUUUAUUUACGUGCUGUCUACGAUUGAUUGAUCACAAAGUAUCGUAAAGUAAUCGAGCUGAGCGGGAAAGCGAGUAGUGCUUUUGUCGGUGGAUCGUUGAAAAUGAACGAUAGAGGAUCGGUUAGAAAAGGAGGAAAGAUAGAAAAGGACGUUUGAAAAUACCAACCGAAUGAAUAUUUUCUUGGUGGUGGUCUCUCGCGUACGCAUACGUAGCUGCAUCGAAUCUUUGUCCCUUGGACAACUCUAACCUCUGAAAGGAGUCGCGCAGUAGCGCCGUACCUAGGCGUUCUGGAAUUUUCCUAGGAAUCGUCAAGGUUCCCUCGGCCAAAGCACAAAGUAGCCCUCCACCGUUAUUUUCCGGCACGAUGCCAUGUUUCCGCGUUCUCUGAAUCCACGAGCGUUCAAAAUCUUAACCAUGGCUGACGAAGUUCUGCCGGCGAGUUUGGAGAAGCUCGAAAUCGAUCGACUCUCCUCAAGUUGUCCCCACAUCGCCUCGACGGAAACCUUGAAACCAACGAAUCCUUUUAGAACAACAGGCAAGAGCACAAGUCCCGAUUGCAGUUACUUGUUUAGAAGAAAAUCGAUGCCUAAUAAUAGAUCAGUGCCAUCCACGACGAUUACCCGGUACGGUGUAAAAAGUACAACGAACUUUAAGCCUUCUAAGAACGAAAGACUUCAAGACAAGACAAAGAAGAACUCUAUCAUUAAGGAGGCUGUUUUGCAACUGGGUUCUACCGAUACUAAUUGUUUAAGUGAUAAUUUAGCUGGUAGUCUGGUCAAACAGACCUGCAGAUAUAGUAUUCCUGGUAGAAAUUGUAAAACAUUUGGUCACGGUUCUGUCACUAAAGACUUUAAGGCGUUAAAUAUUAGUCAGGACUCUAGACAAGCUAAAGACGAUACAAGCAUCCAAGACAAUUAUCAAGGUGGAAGUUUUCAACGCGCUCGCAGUAAUACGAUGCCAAGUUUAAAGAGAGGUCCUGGUCCCGGCGGGGGUGGCCAACAAGAUGCAAUCUCUGUAUCCGGCCAAUCCCCAAAUACGAACACUUGCUCUGUACAAGCGCGUAUAUCACCGCCCUCCUGUGACGUUACUAUAGACGAACUUGCCAGCUACUUUGAGGAGUUCGUUCAUAUUCCAAAGAAGAUGUCUCACAUGGCAGAAAUGAUGUACAUUUAAUCGACAAUGCGCGUUUCCUGUGACAAGAUUUAAUUUGGUAUCUAAAUUAUAUCUAAUAAAAGGCAAAAUAAUUCAUAAAGCUUA